GCUGUGUUAAUUGCUCAACGUGAACUUUAUGUAUGUGUUAGUUUGUAUUUUUGUGUAGGAGAUGGCAAACCAAUUGCGUUGGUACGUAAUUGUGUCUCAAGUAAAGGAAACGUGAUUUGAUCGAUUUGACGUUGCUCCUACCCCCAUGCCUCAAAUUCGAAGUCAUUGUCUUCUUCAAAAUUUAUUGUUCCUUUUCGUUUUUAGCUUACAACUUUUAGCAAAUGAUCAAGUCCACUAUUAAUUAUGCUAUUAGAACGGUAAAUUAAAGGAAAAUGAAAACUCAUUUCCCACUGUUUAAACUUUAAACUAUUUACUUAAAUUCAGAAAUCCUUUGUUUCACCACUCAAUUGCCGCCGUUGGUUUCGUCUCACGCGUAUCAACGAGAAGUUUCUUCCUCUUCUAUUCCUUUGUCUUUGUCCAUGGCGCCGCUCGUAGCAGGUCCAGAUUCCCUUCCACUCCCUCUCUCAGAUCCACCAGAUUCAAAUUUGAAGGUUGCUCUCCCGUCAAAUCCUCUAGAUUCACCGGUUCCUCCUGACCCUCCACCUGAUACUCUAGUUACGGGUUUUCUUUGGUUGUACGAUUUUUGGGCCACAGUUACCUUUCCCCAUAAGUUCUCUAAUCCAAAGCUAGGUUUGAUGAUUUCAUAUGAACUGGGUUUGUUGAAUCCGAGCUUUUCUCUGUUAGUCCCAACUGUUUCGGUCACAUUUAGUUAUUCUAUUGUGGCCUUUGUUAGUACCUUUGUGGUAUAUGUGUGGUCCUUUACUGCAGUAUGCAGUUGUCCAUUUACUGCGGUAUGCAGAUGUUGUCCUUUUACUGCAGUAUGCAGGCUUCCUUUCACCUUUGCCCUAAUGGCUUUUGCAAUGAUAAGGCAUUCUCUCCUCUUGUGGCAGCUUGGAGUGAAAGUUCUCAAGUUAUGUAUCCUUCCAGCAAAUCUGGUUUGUUUGGGCAGUAAUUGUCCCCCUUUCUCCUUUAAGGAGUGUUUCGUCCUCCCACAUCUAUCACUUGUUAUUAGUGAAAUUGUUAUAGGGAGCAUUGUUUUGAAGAUGGUUCUGUUUGAAGCAGAAGUGAAGAUGUUUAUCGUCUCUCGUUUAGGUGGUGUCAACUGUCUGACCUUUUUGACCAUGGAGGUUUUCAUCUCUCCCCUUUAUUGUUUCGAACAGGAAUGUCAAUUUGAAGAAGUUUUCUUGAUUGACUGCCCUCUUUCGGAGACACCGGUGGUUGAACUCGUGAUAUCACCUCUAUCUUUAAGUUUUUAUUUGAGUACUUGUUGUUUAAGCUUUCUUAUUUGCUUGUCCAGUGUAUUGGUCUAUGCUUUGGUUUGUUUGACUCCAUGUAGCCAUAUUGUAUCCUCCAUUGAUGGAGUUGAACUCUUUUAAGUUUCAAUGAAAGUUGUUUGAACAAAAACAAAAAAAAAUCAGAAAUCCUUUAUAUUGUAAUGCUUUUAGGCAAAAGCAAAAGCUUUUUGAUUCAAAAGCAAGUCAUCCACAGGCUUUGUUUGCCACCACUUCUCUACUUUUAAAUAUUCUUGCUCUCGUAUUUUUUAUUAAAUUAUACAAUACACAAACAAGUAUGGUAGCUUUUAACACGCACACAUACAUACAGUCAUACAACUAAACAAUUUUUUUUUCUGGCUCCCUAGUCAGAGGAACUACUUGUCUUCAUAUCCCCAAGAAUUUUCAGACCGCGAAGAGAAAGUGAAGGAAGUGUCACCACCUCGUGGUAAAGGGUUGCGGGAAGAAAAACAAGACAGACCACAAAACUUUUCUAAAAGAGAUGUCAGGCUAUAUGGCCUUGACAAACUUUAGACAGAACAAAAGUGAAACUGUUUCGAGGCAAUAUGAAACCGACCCUUCACUUGAUGAAAACAUUGAUGCACUGCUGGAGCAGGAAGAGGAAGCUAUGAUGGCUGCACACCGAAAAGAAAAAGAGGAUACACUGAGAUUGUUCGCGAGGAGAUGAAGCUUCUAGGGGGGGAAGAACAACCAGGAAGCCUGAUAGAAAGCUAUGUAAAGCAAUUGAGCUUUGUCUUGUUCCGGAAAGCAGCCGGGCUUGUCAGUCUCCAAGCCAAGUUUGCUCGGUCUAUAAUAUACAAUCAAUGUGAAUCAAAAACUAUAUUCUCAGUCUACUGAAAAAGAAUUCACCAUUUAUUGAGUGAAAAUAUUUUGAAUCUAACCAUAUUACAAGAUU